CCAAAAGAACAAUCCUUUGUAUUUCCUGAUCUAUUCAAGAAUAAAAAAAAUGAACUUGAUGAAAAAACUGUGAAUGAAUCGAAACAGGACUUGCAAGAUUUUGUGAAAGUUAAUAAAGCACCUGGAUUGCCUGAUUACCGUUCAUCGGAAUGGAUCGGGCGAGGAACACAUUUUGCACGGACGUGGAUAAAUCCGUGAUCGUGCACAACUUUGAGAAACGCGGCUGGACACAAGUGGGUCCGGAGGAUGAUUGGAAUUUUUAUUGGGCCGUGACACAAUCUUGCAGGAAUAUCUUUAGCAUCGAAACUGGAUACAGAAUGGACGACAAUCAAAUGAUCAAUCACUUCCCGAAUCAUUACGAAUUAACGCGGAAGGAUCUAUUGGUGAAGAAUAUCAAGCGAUAUCGAAAAGAUUUGGAACGAGAGGGAAAUCCUUUAGCAGAACGCGCGGAUGGUCCAGGGAAAUACUUGUACCUAGACUUCAUACCGGUAACCUUCGUCUUACCUGCAGAUUAUAAUAUGUUUGUGGAAGAAUAUCGCAAAUCCCCACAAAGUACCUGGAUCAUGAAGCCAUGCGGCAAAUCGCAAGGUGCCGGAAUAUUCCUCAUUAACAAGCUGAGCAAACUGAAAAAAUGGUCUCGUGAAGCGAAGACCCCGUUCAAUCCCAAUUUGACGAAGGAAUCAUAUGUCAUUUCUAGAUAUAUCGACAAUCCGCUACUGAUUGGCAGCAAGAAAUUUGAUCUCCGAUUGUACGUUCUCAUCACUUCGUUUCGACCACUCAAAGCAUACCUCUUCAAAUUGGGAUUCUGUCGCUUUUGUACUGUCAAGUAUGAUACCAGCGUUCAAGAGCUCGACAACAUGUAUGUGCAUCUGACGAAUGUAUCUGUACAAAAGCAUGGCGACGAGUAUAACAGCAAGCACGGCGGCAAGCUGAGCGUGCAGAAUCUACGUUUGUAUUUGGAGAGCACGCGCGGUAAAGCGGUCACGGAGAAGCUGUUCGCCAAUAUUUCCUGGUGCAUCGUACACUCGUUAAAAGCAGUGGCGCCGGUGAUGGCAAACGAUCGGCAUUGCUUCGAAUGUUACGGAUACGACAUCAUCAUCGACAAUAAAUUGAAGCCGUGGCUGAUCGAAGUGAACGCCUCGCCGUCUCUAACAUCCACAACAGUGAACGACAGGAUCUUAAAGUACAAACUAAUCGACAAUAUCCUAUCGGUGGUUUUACCUCCGGACGGUAUGCCCGACGUGAAAUGGAACAAAUCACCUUCCCCGGAAGCUUUGGGAAACUUCGAACUGCUACUGGAUGAAGAAUUGGCACCUCAAGACGAAAGGGAGGGUUCAUCAAACAAAUAUCGGGGUUCUUCCCUCAACAAAUGGAAAUAAAUAUCACCUCAGUAUAUUACUCGCUUCAGAUAAGUAAUUGCGUUUAACGAUUUAUUCGAUGUCUUUCUCUUAAUAUCUGACAUUAAAAGUCAUUGUGACAAAA